AUGUGUUUGGAUUUUUCUCGUUUUUUCGUGGUAUCUGAAAUAGAUCAGAAGUUUUUGCCUCAUUAUGAUAGCCAAGUUGUUUCUGAGCACCAAACUGUAACUCUUCAUCGACGACGAAAGUGGCCCAUGGAACGGAGGAAGACUCCUGUGAGCCGUCUACUUGUAGUUUUACUGUCAUCUGCUCACGGGGAGACGAGUAGUACGCUGCUACUUAAGCAGUUCGGGGAGACGAGUAGCACGCUCCUACUUAAGCAGUUGUAAACCGAACUGAUCGUCGAAGUCGAUAGAUAUUUACAAUCUAAAAAUUUCGAUCAUCAUGCUCCUCUCGUCCUCAGUCUAGAAGUACAUAUCGCCACAUGCUAAUGCUUUUUCCAACGUACUAUACGUAGAGAUCUUCAUCAUCUUCCUAGGAAUAAUGAACAAGUUGUACUUGUUAUACCUGUAGUGCUGUCAGAUUGCGCCGGAGCGUCAACUUGAUAAUAUUACUGGUAUGGAAUGAUAUUGACAAACUAAUAGAUCGUAGAAAGAAGACUUGCAUCCGCGAUUAUACUAGAGACGCAGCUGGCCAGCGUUUUACUCUAAACUUAGUACUAUUGUCUUCAUCAUUAUGCGCAGAUUACUACAGACAGAAUAACAGAAGCAAGGUUAUGACUUUGACUAUCUUGAGCGGUCUCGUCGUUCUUAUGAAGUGCAAACUAAAAGUAAAAAGGCCGAUAGGGAGAAGCGCCACUGUUUAGGAUCCUGAAGAUUUUCAGACCAUGAUUAGGAAUUUUAGAAGAAAAGAGUAGAUGUUGCAUGAGGUUGCGAGGUUGCGAACUGCACGGCGUUUCCGUAUCAACCUUGCUAUUGAUUUCGCCCGGUUUUUUACAAAUUAUCCCUACUAAUUAUGAUAGAUAUUAAUACAAAUGCUUUUUAGAUGAAGCCCUAGCCCACCAGAGGGGCAGCCCACCAGAGGGCUUUUAGUUGUUUGAUGGUGGGUCCUUCUGCUUGUUUGGCUCUGCUUGUCGUCGUAGGAGGAGGAAGAGGACAUUUGCGAGGUGGGAGUCUGUAAUUUUAUAUCUGCUUGUAUAGAUACUGAUACAUAAACAUAUCUAUGAUUGGAAAAGCUUGAUAGUGUAUCACUCGGUCACCUUGCUCUUUCAAUAGAAAGAUACAAGGGGACUGAAUGGCCUCAGUCACGUUUGAUUAACGUAUCACGAGGGAUGGGGAUCACGACAUGACAUGAUCUUGUAGUUUAUGAAAUCUGACACCUGCACACUGACUCGACUCCGAGUGUGGUCGCUGUGCCUGUGGUUCUAAGAUGGCCCACUGCUCAGCAGCUGUUGUCUAACUAAGGGCUGAAUGAAGAUUGAGACGACACGCAAGUCCAUGGAGCUGGGCUCUUGUUCCUGUUCGCUCUCAUGAGUCACCGCUAGUUGUUAUUGAUCUUAUUGCUAUUCAGUCGAUUAUUGUUGUACAGUAUUGACAUUCUCUUUUCUUUCAUCAGAGUACCAGCACGGUGUUGCUGGUACUCUGAUGUUUUCUUGGGGAUAGAGCAAGUGAACGUAGCUUUCUUGGAGAUAGAGUAAGUUCGGACUUUGCCUACCCUGCCUGUGUCGAUUUAGACAUUUAGAUCAUUUAGAAAUUGUGGCGCAAAAUUUAACAAAUUACCUGAGUCAAGUACUGAAAAGGACCUGAUGAAAGCGAGAGCAUUAAUAGCAGGACUUCGCCACUUGGUGAGUAACGAUCGACUUGUUUCGCGAAAACAGGAAGAGAAUCCUUGUGAUCAAAUUCAGGUUACCAAACACCGGAACCAUUCAACGACGCACUUUUGUUUUUCAGGGUCAGGCUCCAGCUCUUGCGCUAUCUAUUUGCUGUAAUUGCGAAGAUCUGUAUAGACCACGUUCACACUCAGAAGAUGUCGUGGCUCCUUUAUAUUGACCUGGAGCCUCAUACUUUGAUCUACUUUGUAUUCUAGAAAUACAACCAUUCUCGGACGGAGAACGUCGCUUCGUGGGGAGAAUGAAGCAAACUACCCUCGGCAUCGAAUUAGAGUGCCUAUAAUUUGAAAAGGGAAAUACUUAUACAGCCAAGCAGGUCGCGGCCCCGUCGAGGGCUCGGCCUUUGCGCUCCCUGUUUCUACUCUAAAUGAGUCAUCAUUUCUUCUUGUUGAGUUUAUUCAGCUAAAAUUCGAUGGAUUUGGGUUUGGCUUCUACAUUAGAAGCUACAUAUUAGAAGCUAAAACACGACGGAUUUGGCUUCUACAUUAGAAGCUACAUAUAAGCCCUUAUCCUUCCUCCGAUGGAUUUGGCUUCUACAUUAGAUCGGCUUUCCGCUUACCAAAUAAUGUGUAGUACAACAUGAGGCGAAAUGGUGCUACUACUUCCUACUACUAUGUACUCACGCAGGUACGUCAUACGUACAUCAGGCACUAUGUACACUCACACAGGUACAACUUUGUACUCACACAGGUACUAAUACUAUGCACAACUCGUCAUACAGGUAAUAUACAGGCUGCACGACUAGGAUAUUGCACCUCUAUCUUCUAGCUAGUGUAUCUGUGUAUGUCUGUAUUUCCAGGUCAGCCUUCUGACCAUUGAGCUGUCUGGAAACCGCCAUAGUUCGGUGAAAUGACACAGGUCGGCCUUACGACCACUGAGCUCGAGACGUAAGUCCAACUAAAAAGCUCCACCAUUUAUAGACUUGCCCAAUCACCCAGGAAUUGAAUCAUGGGUACACUAAUAGAUACUACUACUUCUAAUACUCCCAAUAGCAAUACUACUAGUAACUAAAAAUACCAAUCGCGACGUGCAAAGAAAACUCGCACUUCUCGUGCUGUGUAUAUCUUUCUUCAUCAUCAGUCGGAUUUAGGGCCAUCAUUUGUUGUAAAAAUCUAGCUCGUCUUAGGUCGGUCC